AUGAUUUUAUCACAACCAUUGAAAGAUAUUGAUGAAUUGUUAAGGCGUAAUAUGGAUCGAAUGCAUGCUGAAAGUUGUAAAGCAAAUUCUGAGGAAAAACUGAUUUCCAGUUUACCGAUAGAGUUUCAUGUUUUCUUAAAGCAUCUUAAAAAAUUGAAUUACAAUCAUAAACCAGAUUAUAAUUUAUUGCAAUCAUUGCUAAAACAGAUAUUGAAAAAAGAGGGGCACAGCUUAAUUGAUCCUUAUGAUUGGGAAUCUCGUGAUCAACAUGUUUCAAAAUUGAGUUCACCGUAA